AAGGUGACCCAACAAACAGAGUCAGGCAGCAUGAGGAAAGUUUGGCAGAGGCAUUCAAACACCUGAUGAAGUUUGCAGAGAGGCUGCCAAAUGUGGCCAGACUUGCAAAGACUAUUGCAAAGUAACGAGGGGGCAUCAAGAACAGAAAGAGCACAAGCAGUGAUAGACAAUCCACACCUGACAGAUUGGUUUUUCAUGCAAAGGCUACAGAAGUUCAUCAAACAUUGGCUUGAAGGUGUCUUGGAUGCUGAAUGGUUUUGGUAUAGGUUUGAAUACCAGGCCAGAGGAAGUAUACAUGCUCAUGGAUGUGCUAAAUUAAAGAAUGAUCCAGAUAUUCGAUUAUUACGUAAACGUGCAUGCCAAGCAGUGCUUGAGAAAGAGAAAGAAAAUGAAAUGUCCCCUGACGAUUUUGAAUUCUCUUGCCAGGAAAUUGUCAGAGAGGGUGAAGAUGCGGAGAGAAAGCUAAUUAGUUACGUUGACUGGCUUGUGACCACAGUUAAUGAUGAUCUGCCUGAUGAGAACUGGACACUACCAGAUCCACACCCUUCUGCUGUGAAAGCAACAUCAGUUGAUAAUCAUGAUGUUGAUUAUCACAGGUUAGUAAAUUCAGUAGAGAGGCACACCAGAUGCAGUCCAGCGUAUUGCCUGAAAAAGAAGAGGGUUGACCUGCCUGCAGAGUGCAGAUUUGGGUUCCCAAAACCAUUACAAGAGGAGACUGCACUGAUUUAUGAGGUUCGAGGUAAGAAAAAUAAAUCUGUACACUCAGAGUUGCAAACCAAGAGAAAUGAUGAGAGGCUGAAUUCACACAACAGGGUCAUGCUUGAGAAUUGGCGGGCCAAUGUGGAUUUGCAGGUAAUUGUAGAUGAAAAGGCAUGUGCAAGAUACAUGGCCAAGUAUGCAGCGAAAGGGGAACCACGAUCAAAAUCUGCUUCUGACAUACUGAAGUUGUCUGUAUCUUCAUUACAGAAUGAUGACCAAGUGUCUUCUGCAAUCAAGAAAGCAAUGAUUCAAGUUGCUGGUGAUAGGGACAUGGCUGCUCAGGAGACUGCCCAUAUGUUACUCAGUUUGCCUUUGGUAGGCUGUACGUAUAGUUUUGUUACUGUUUCUUUAGAAAACAGUAGAAAAGUGAUCCUUGAUGCAGAAAAUCCACAAGAGGAAGUACUUCAGAAUUCUGUUCUUCAAGAUUAUGGAGAGCGGACAAAAGUGGAGAGUAGGUAUAGGGGGUUAUCUCAGUUGAAUUUGAUGCAGUAUGCAUCUCAGUUCACAAGAGUCAGAGGUGAGUUGACAAAACGAGUGAAUCCUUAUAUUGUCAGGACAUUUCCAAAGCUUACAGCCAAUCCUGGCAGCCCUACCUUUGGAAAAUACUGCAAGUAUCAACUCAUUAAGUUUAAACCAUGGGAAGAUAAGUCAUCAAAUGCAUGGGACAAUAUGGAGGAAACUGAUGAUAUGUUUAUUAACACAUAUGCUUCAUUUCUUCAGACAGAUUUUGCUAGAGACAAUGUAUUUGGGUAUUCUAUUGAAACAGAGAUGGUCCAUGCUGCACAGACAGAUGAAACAUAUGGAACUGAUGAAAGUAGUGAUGAAAGCGAUGACGAACAGGAUCAACCUAAUGAGGAAGAGCAAAUUGAGGAUUGGAUGUUGUUAUGUAGACUCAACCAACAUUAUGAGGAUGCAGGAGAUCAAAUGGCAAAUAACGAGGCAGUGGAUUGGUUCGAAGCAGCAAGAGGUGUGCCUGGGGAUUUGUUGAGAGAAUCUGCUGGGUGGAUUUCUAAACAGAGAAAGGAUGCAGAGGAGCAAGGUAUGCAGUAUCAAACAGGUGACCAACAAGUGGUGGUUGACCCAGGGACCUUGAAUGACAAACAGCGACUGGCAUUUGACAUUAUCACUGCAUCCAUGGCUAAUGAUGAAUGUGAACCACUACAUAUGAUUGUAAGUGGUACUGCUGGCACAGGUAAGACAUAUUUAAUUAGUGCCCUAAAGCAAGUAUUGCAACACCAAUGUAUUGUCACAGCAACCACCGGAAUUGCUGCAUUCAGUAUUGGUGGUCAAACUUUGUAUUCCGCAGCUCAACUUCCGAUUCGGGAAUACAGAGAAUUACAGGGCGAUUCCUUACAGAGAUUGCAGCUCAGAUUGGAAGGUAAGAGGUUUCUCAUUAUUGAUGAAAUGUCAAUGAUUGGACAUCAGAUGCUUUCAUGGCUUGACAACAGACUACGUGCAGGUACAGGAAAAGAGGAUAUCCCAUUUGGUGGGAUGUCGAUUAUCCUAAUGGGGGAUUUCGGCCAGUUACCUCCUGUAGGCGAUAAACCAAUGUACAUUGCAGGUAAUGGAUCUGUAAUCAGUGACCAUGGUCACAGUAUGUAUUUAACAUUUGAUUAUGUAGUCAUUUUAGAGCAGGUCAUGCGACAGAUUGGUGAAGACCCAGAAGUAGUUGCAUUCAGGGCGCUAUUGAUGAGAAUGAGAGAUGGACAAGUUACCGAGAUGGACUGGAGACUAUUAAUACAGCACUCCAGACCUAACGUUUCAAUGGAUCGAUUUAGUGAUGCAAUCCGGCUGUACUUUGAUAAAAAAAGUGUCGCUGAAUAUAAUUAUGAGAAGUUGCUAGAGAUUGGACAACCCUUGGUCAAAAUUCAAGCAAGGCAUUCUGGUCGAGGUGCAAGUGCGGCAACAUCUGAUGAAGCAGGUGGUUUGGAAGCUGUCCUCUUUUUGUCAACCAAAGCAGAAGUGAUGCUGACAUGUAACCUUUGGGCAGAAGUCGGUCUUUGCAAUGGCUCUUUUGGAACUGUUGAGCAAUUUUGGUUUGCAGAGAAUAUGGGUCCACCAAAUCUACCGAUUGCAGUACUGGUUCAUUUUCCAGCAUAUUCUGGCCCUGCAUUUCUACAAGAAUGUUCAAAGUGUAUACCUGUGCCUCCAAGACUGUUUGAGUGGAUGGCGGAUGGAAAGUAUUUGUCAAGACAACAAUUGCCCUUGCGGCUGAGGUAUGCAAUGACGAUACACAAGUCCCAAGGACAGACACUAACCAAGGCUGUUGUUGAUUUAGGUAAAGGGGAGAGAGUUGCUGGCUGCACAUUUGUGGCAGCAUCUAGGGUAAGAUCAAUUAAUGAUAUUGUGUUUGAACCUAUGACAUUUGAUCGUCUGAAAGUCAUUGGUAGGAAUAAAAAUUUGAAGAAGCGACAAGAAGCGGAACGACGACUUCGUGUGCUUGCAGAAAAGACUGAGCAGAGGCAUAAGCAUUGAAUAUAUGCAUAUAAAGAUAUGGAUUGUAUUGUAAGUUGUUAUAUCCUUUUGUUUAAUGAUACUGGGCACCAAUGUGCUUUCGAGGAAAUCAUAGUCGCCUGCUACUAGACACAAUUUUAGAAGUGAAGUUUGUAUGUCUUAUUACAACUUUGCCUCUAUAAUUUUGUUUUUGAGGAUGGCAAUGUACUGUACAUGUGUCAUAUUGCCUGUUACUAGACAUGAUAUCAGGUAUUAUGCUUUUGAGGGUGGCUGUUGACAUGUACACUAUAUCAAUCAGGUAAGUUACCUAUUUACAAUAACAAUCAAUGAAAUGAAAACCACAAUACCAUCGCGCGGGGAUAUUUCGUGAUUUGCCUGGUAACAAUAAUAAAGUACACGCAAAAUUCACGUAUAACAUAAAUUUCAAAAAGAGCGCGAAAAUAUCCUGCCGAUAUCCUGCUGUUUUUGGACUGCGGUAAGUCUUUUUCAAAAUAAAAAACUUUAUAAAAUAUUAAACAUUUCAAAAUUCGCUCGAAUAAAUUAUAAUAUACUAUUCCACAGUCGACAAUUUGAUUUACCAAUUUACGCACAGAUAUUUUAGGGAGAAACUUCUGUAUCCUUUUUAUUGCAUUUUAAAAUUGGCAUGUUUUUCCAACGCCGACGCGUAUUGUCUUUUGUGUUUAACUUUUCUCAAUAAACUAAUGAAACUAUUGUAUUUCUUAUAUAUUUUACAGCUACAAAAGUCAUAAAUAUUAUUUAAAAAAAUAUCAUCUACAAGGAGAGAAAAAAGUAAG